AUGACCGACGUCGAUGCCUUUCGAGAUGCGGAGUACAUCGCUGACGUGUCUGGCAUUGUCCUCGACGAUGCGCAGCCAGGCUCGUCCGCACCCAGCAGCAACAGCCGCGUGAGGAAACUCCAGUCCUCUGCAAAGAUCGCCUUUAUUGACCGACUGCUACGCGAUCUGGACAUUUUGAUUUACUGUCAACUUUCAGCGUUGUAUUACAUGGACUGCUCUUUGGUUCUAUUUGCCGUGCGCGCCAUAGUGGAACUGAUAUUCUUCACACCGAAAGCACCGCCAUUCGACCCGACGCGAAAUCAACCCUUCGUCGGCGCCAUCAUAGCCAGCAACCUCUUCUGCAUGACCUUCCACGCCUUCUUCAUCCGACCCGAAGCCGGCGAGAGCACGCGCGGUUAUCUCCACGGCGGAUUAUUCAUCGACUUCAUUGGUCAAAAACCAGUACUCGUAUUAAGACUUCUCUUAUUCGACCUAUUGAUAUUUCUGGUUGAUUUCGUCAUGCUAGCCUUGAUCAUCGAGCGGGUCAAGACAGCAGGCACAACGCCUACAUCAUCCACCACUACAGGUACAGAGCCCGAGACGAAUACACGUACGGAACCGUCCUCCGAACAACAGGACCAUGACGCAGAGGAACGAGGCGUCAUACGAGAAACUGAGAUCACGAACUCAAUUAUCACCCCCGAAGCAUCACCGGUCGCUGAGAUCGACGAGGAUCUAAAUAACGAGCGAACGACACUCCUAGCUGAUCCCGGCGAAAGCAGCUCUGCACAAACACCGCGCGGAGGCCACCCAUUAGACUCGUAUUCGUCCGGACAGGCCACGAUCCUGGAAAUGGGUUUCUUCAGUACGAUACGCGAUCAAUGGAAGUACUCGACGACGCCGCGACGACCGACGACGGGUUAUGUGCCUACGCCCGAGACAGCGACGUUCCUUCGGCAACGAUUCGGACUACAAGUUGGGACCGAUGGACGUAUCGUUCGAGUGGACCGAUGA